CAAAUGAAAUCAUUUCACUGCAGUCAAAUUCAGUCUGUCUAUGAAAUUGAUAUGGAGUGGACGUAGCAUUCGAUAAAUAAAUAACGUCGCGUGAACAAGUUCGAAUAAUUUAGUUUUAAAUUAAAAGUUGUUUAUGAAGAAAUAUAUUUAAGUGACAACUUGUAGAAAUCAUGCCUUCAAGCGCGGAAGCGUUCGUGGACGCUCUCCUCACGCAGGAGGCGUUGGACCAGCCAUCAGACAACGUGAAGCCAGAAGAGCUGGUACUAGAACUACCAAAAUGGUUCGAUGAAGAGAAAUUUAACAAAGGCCGUAAAUUCUACCUGGACAACUGCUUCGCGUUCUCAUCAUCGAUGUUGUUGGGAUUGGCUGCGGUGUUCGCGAUACCAUCCAUCCUGCGCAUCCUGAUCAGCACGCGACGGUCCAACUCUGUGUACACUGCGUACAGGCGGUACCUCUCCACACUGCUACACACCAUAUCUUGGUUCGAGAAUGAACUGAAGCCAGGAAGCAUAUCAUGGAAAUCGCUAUACGCAGUGAGGAGUAGACAUUUAAGGGCUGGACUUGCUUCAAAGAUCAAAGGUAUAGGAGUGGUGUCACAAAGGGACCUGGCGCUCACCCAGUUCGGUUUCAUCGGGUUCUCCAUGCUGAAGCCAGACAAGUUUGGCAUCAGACAGCUACAUGAAGACGACUGGGAGGCCUAUAACUACACCUGGAAGGUCAUUGGGUACAUGAUCGGCAUUGAAGACAGGUACAACAUCGCCCGCGAUACAUUCGAAGAAACCCUAGAAGUGUGCCAACUCCUCAAAGAACGAGUAUACACGCCGUGUCUGGAGAAUGUUCCCGAAUACUUCGAGCACACAGCCCGCGUCAUGUUGGAGGGCUUGUGGAACAUCAACCCGACCAUCGAGACCGACGCCGUGCUGUACUGGUGCCGGGUACUGGCCGACGUGCCCGGCUACAUCUACACCGAAUCUGAUAGGAUGGAUUUCCAGAAGAAACUUAAGGAAAAACUGAAAGGGAAAUCUCUUGACACUGGGGUGGAUUCUACGGAAUUUAUGAGCAAGCCGGCAGUAGACGGUCUCCCGAAGAUCCCGCCGCGCCUGCUCUACUACAAAGACUUCAACACCAUCGAGACAUCGCCUUACUACAAGCACCUCACUUUCAAGGCCAAAUACAAGAUGUUCAUGUUCAACCAAUACUCGACUUUAUACUCCUCAUAUUUAGGCAGACUUUACAUCAACCUCAAUUUCUGGUUCAGCGUAUUCCUAAUGAGAUACUUCCCAUACUUGGCUUUCUUUAAGUUCGGUAUUAAGAAAUCUCUAGUGAACAUUUUCGAAGAGGACCCUACAGACGAGACUAAGCCGGUAACGAACGCAGAAUAUUUCAAGAAUCGUAAACCAGAAACGUGGUACAGUGCUGCUCUCAGUUUAAUUUGGUAGUACAGGAUUAUCUACUUUUUGACUUAGCAAAUAAGUGAUAAAAUCGAUAAAUACUUAUAAUGAUAAGUUACACGAGCCGUUUCGGUGGUAUACGAUAUCUGGAAGGACGUCAUGACGCGGUGUGCAAACGAAUAUGUUUGUAUUCUUUGUGUUAGUAUUAUUUAGUUAUUUAUUAAAUUGACUGGUAUGUCGGUGAUGGGAAUUAGCUGAGACGGUUGUAUAUAUUACAACAAUUAUAUAGAACAUUUAUUUUUCUGCAUUACAUUACGUUACAUGCCUAUUUCUAUGUAAUGCAUAUACCUAUCCAUUAAGUAAUGACAACGUUUAACGAAAUCACGGCUUACCUACAUCAUACGUAUUAGUUUUAGCAAAACAUAUUUAAUAUGAUUUGUUAUCGGAUCUAGUAGAUAAAAUGAUAUACCUAGGUAUUGUAUAUUUGCAUUUAAAUAAAAUUAAGUAGUUGUUAUAUUUAUGAGAUUGGUUUUAUGAAAUACAUUUAUUAUUCAUAUUAUCUUGUUUAUAGGUAUAAUAUUUCAAAGUAUUAAUUAUUAUCUACAUUAACGAAUUCCAUAUUUGGAACGAAAAUGAUGUAUUUAAAAUUAAAUUGUAGUUUGAAAAUCGUUCAAACAAUUUAUGACAAUAAAGGAAAUUGUGUACCUAAUCAUAAUCAAUAUAGUAGAUAAUACAAUCGUUUACAUAAUAAAAUACAUAACGAUAUCAAUUUUUAAAAUAAUUUAUACGAACUUAUAGUAUUUAUUCGAACUUUAUUUGAUAUAGGAUUUAUUGUGAAAUACAAUUUAUAUUGACAAUUAUUUUAUUGGAGUGAUCAUAAUCAUGGACACGACUUGACACCCAGGUCGAGUGAGGGCUGAUUGAGUGCUCAGUUUUACUAGUCAAGUCAAAUUCAAUACUUUUUUCGAAAUCAUAACUUAGAAAUACACUCUAGCUCAAGUAAAAGGACCUUGGCCUACCAUUGUAGGGAAUAUUAAAAGUGAUAUUGUCACAAUUUUUAUGUAUUAUGUUAUAUUGAUCGUUUGAUAUUUUGAAAUUAUAUUACACGAAUGUAGUGCAUCAAAUAAUGCAAUGUUACUGUUAGUGAUAUCUUAGCAAUGCACAAUAUAAAUAAUUUAUCUUAGAUAUAAAUCAUAAGUAUUUGUCUAAUAGUAAAAAAUCGUUAUGUAAUAGAUAAAAUGAUAUUUUCUAAUAUUACAAAACAGGGCCUGAUAAUAAAUGACAUAUCAUGUAUA